AUGACAGAACUGUAUUUAAGUGCGGUUAUCAUCAAGAUGGGUUCUGAAAAUAAAAAUGUUGAUCCGUUGAAAAAUUUCGUUGCCGGUGGUGUUGGAGGUAUUUGUCUUGUUCUUAUUGGACAUCCACCGGAUACGAUCAAAGUUCGUUUACAAACCAUGCCUGAACCAAAAAAAGGAGAGAAACCGUUGUAUAAUGGAGCUAUUGAUUGCGUCAAAAAGACGGUGAAAAAAGAGGGUUUUCUCUCACUUUAUCGAGGUGUUGGUUCGAUGUUUGUUGGUGUGACACCAACGUCAGCGUUAUCGUUUUUUGGUAAUAGUAUUGGAAAGAAAAUGCAAACUCCAUCAAGAAGUGAUGGAGACUAUAGUUUGCCUCAAUCAUUCAUUGCCGGAUCAGUUGCUGGCAUUACGAAUACAAUUGCGUUAACUCCUGUUGAAAGAGUGAAAUGUUUAUUACAAGCACAAGAAGCAGCAAAAUUGAAUAAAAAUGUUUCAACAACGGAAUACAAAGGAUCAUUUGAUUGUGCCAAGCAAUUGUAUGAAAAGGGCGGAAUUCGAAAUUUAUAUCGAGGCACAGUAAUCACUAUUAUCCGAGGUGUUCCAACGUGGGGUGUAUAUUUUUGUACGUAUGAUGGAAUGAAGAGAUUAUUAAAACCAAAAGGAUUCUCGAAAAAAUUAAGUCCGUGGCGAACAAUUCUAGCUGGUGGAACAGCAGGAUUAUUUAGUUGGUUCGUUGCAAUGCCUGCAGAUAUUUUAAAAUCAAGAUUACAGAGUGCGCCAUCAGAUCGAUAUCCAAAUGGUGUUCGCGAUGUUUUUCGUGAAUUAAUAAGAAAAGAAGGUAUUGGAUCAUUCUACAAAGGCACAACUGCAAUUCUAAUCCGAGCAUUUCCAGCUAAUGCGGCGUGUUUUCUUGGUUACGAAAUAACGAUGAAAGUUUUAAACAAAUUAUAUUAA